AUGCCAGAGACAUACACUCUGGAUUAUUAUGUUCUUAACAAGGAUAAGCGUGCAUGUUGGAAUGAUGACCAUAUCACAGGGUCAGCCCCCCACCCCCUUCCCAAGACACCUCAGCAGGCAUUCCAAUACUACCUCGCAACAGGAGAUGCCCGAUAUUUGCCCGAUGACUCUGACAGAGUCCUUGACGCUUUUGAUCCUUCAGCCCAUAAUUGGCCACCUGAAAACUGGACUAUUCCAUUCCCACCAAAUUGGGAAGCACUACCACUUGAUGAUCCAAUGCGGAUGAAGUGCAAAGAAUUUAUUGCACAAAAGCAGAAAGCGGCUACAAGCUACCAAUACUGCAGUCGCCGUUCCUUCUGCCCAAGCUGCAACAGCGCAGUCCUUGUCCCACCUCCACUUCAACUGUCAUACCCUCCAUAUCCCAUCGCAUACCCCAUGGUUUCCUUCCCUGGGCAACAAACCAUGUUCCUACCACAGCAACCGACUUCCUCCCCACCCAUUGCCAUGCUUAACCCAACCCGGGCCCCUGACACAAAGAACUCUGCAUCCAAUGAAAGAUUGGAAAAAUUACUCGAAAUCUGCUACCAAUGUGACACACUCAAUCCGAAGAAGGUGGCAAUGGAGGCAAGUCUCCAUUUGCCCAUUGAUUGUUCUGCCCAAUUUGCACUCCAGAAAAUCGAGGAGGGGAUGGGCAUCAAUGUCACUGAGCACAACAUUGGGCACCUUCCAACUUUCGAUGGAAAGCAACGGUGGGAUGUGCCAGUCCAGCUCAAGACUGUCGCGCACAUGGAAAAGGUGCUAAAUGGACUCCGCAACUGCAUGUCUCGUGCCCAGGCAAGCAAAAAAUUAUACAUUGUCAAUAUUAAACCAGUACCCAAAGCUGACGACAAGCAUGGAAAAAGCUGUUGUUCUAAUACAGUAAACGACGCGAUUCAAUCCAACCCGACUUCGGAGCAGUAUGUGCUGCUUGAAAUGUGGUGGUCACUGUUGGCCACAUACCCACGCAAGUGGGAAGCAUUUGCACCUGAGCAAUGCAAUGCUGUCUUUGUGGGCACAACAAUGGUAUUUGUAGACAGACAACACUCCUGGCGCCAAUCUCCAUAA